AUGCGGGGGCUAUGGAAGAUCCCAGGACAUAUGAAACUUCAACACCAUCUGAUUGUGGGUUGGGCUGCCCUAGCCGCCUCCCACGGCGCCUUCGAACAUGAAACCCUGGAGGCCGCGAUGGCUCGCCAUCGCCACACAAUCAAAGCGCGACGCAGUCUGGAGUCCUGCGCGGGGGACCUGGAGAGUUCAGCAGCAAUCUGCCGCUCCACCGUCGAAAUCCUGAACACCAGCCAUCUCCACACCGGGCCGCGGAUCGUCCCAUCACGCCCGGGAGAGGUCUUUGCGGACGAGCACCAUGUGCUUCUGACCCCCUACGGUGACAACGGACCGUACUACGUGCCCGGCGAGCUCAUUCGCGAAGACGCGCGAGAGGACCAACUCGGCGUGCCCAUCAUCGUGGAGGCGCAGUUCAUCGACUACGAAAGCUGUCUCCCCGUGCCCGGGAUGUUCUGGGAUAUGUGGAACGCCAACGCGACCGGGGUGUACAGCGGGGUGAUCAACGAGGGCAAUGGCGACUUCUUAGAUCACUCCAACGUGAACGCGACCUGGCUGCGCGCCGUGCAGAUGGCGGACCAGGACGGGGUGGCGCGCAUCCAGACCAUCUUCCCCGGCCACUACACCGGCCGCACCAACCAUAUCCACAUCAUCGCCCACACCAACGUGGUUGUGCUGCCCAACGGCACCAUCACCGGCGGCAGCAUCAGCCACAUCGGCCAGUUCUUCUUCGACCAGGCCCUCAUCGACGCCGUCGAGACCACAUACCCCUACACCCUCAACCCAUACGCGGUGAUCGGUAACGCCCUCGACGACACCUUCCACCAGGAGACCGCCUUCUCCGCCUCUGACCCAGUCUUCAACUACGAGUACCUGGGCGAUACCCUGCAGGACGGUCUGUACAUGUGGGUGCGCAUCGGGGUGAAUGUAUCUGCGAGCUGGCAGUCUGAGUACAGCUUCGCGCAUAGUGCCAACGGCGGCAAAUAUUCUUGUGGCACAGGGCGGAUUGGGGCCAACUACACCACCUCCGACGAGCACUGUGCCGAUAAUGUCGAUGUCGGCGCCCUCCCUGGGGAGACUGCUCCAGGUCCCGCGGUGUAUUCGGCUGCGCCUCCUACCGCGUGGGAUAACGCCACUGAAACGGCGGAGCAGGAGGCGGAUCACGAUGCCUUGCAGUCGGCUGUGACACACGCGGAAUCCACUGAGGCGGCCUACUUGGCUAGCAUCGCCAGCGAGAAAGCUGCAACAGCCACCGCGCUGUAA